GGACAAUAGCGGUCCUGUUGGAUGCAUGAUGCCUCUCAUACUUGACACCUCCUCCUUUUGUAUUGCGUGGAGCUUCCUUUGUGUCUGACUCGUUUGAUCCCUACCUACUACCGAAAUGGCGCCCUGUGACGUCUUGCUGCAGGCGGCUCAGCUGCUGGCUUUCCACGUGUCCGUCGUCUUCGGUGUGCCUCCUUUGCGACUAUGGAGCCGCGGAAAAGGCGCACCUCAGCAGCGGCCUCGACCGAUCUUGAACAUCUUGGAAGAGAUGGAGAAUGGAACACUAGAGGAUUUUGUGAAUGGUCUGCAUGGUUGGGGGUCGGUGAAGAGCCCGACAGAGGUCAAGAAGAGAGAAAGCUUGGCAGAGCUGCUCCAGGUCGGGAUUGAUGAUAGGCAUAUGAUAUCUCCACGAAGGGGAGGAGGAGCGGAAGAGUGUGUCGUCGUGGAUGUCCAUGGACUCUCCGUUGGCUGUUGCAAGACGACGCCAUGUGGUAGAAAGAAAAAGAAGGACGGUCACCAAGCCCAUUCUCAAGGGGACAGGAAGCCGGCGGGUGUUCCCGCCUCCUCAUCAUCCUCAUCGCCAUCCUCAUCAUCCUCAUCAUCCUCAUCGCCAUCCUCAUCAUCCUCAUCAUCCUCAUCAUCCUCAUCAUCCUCAUCGCCAUCGCCAUCCUCGUCAUCACCAUCAUCAUCAUCAUCAUCCUUAUUGUUGUUGUCAUCAUCAUCAAUAUCAACAUCAUCAUCAUCAUCAUCAUCAUCAUCAUCAUCAUCAGCAGCAGCAGCAGAAGCAGGAGCAGGAGCAGGAGCAGGAGCAGCUAAGACGGGUAGGGAGUCUCACUCUCCAGCGGAUAUCGCGGCAGAGGGAGCAAGAGCCGUUGCCCGGACAGAAUGCAAACGGAUUAACAUCAUCUCGGAUGCGGUAUAUAAGAAAGAUUGUGAAUUCAAUUUGGGUGUCGAGUCGUUCGAGGUCAUUAAAGUUAUGGAAGAGGAGGAGAACAAGAACAAGAACCACCUCCACCGUGGUCAUUACCACGUGGAGCAGAAAUUGGGGCCGAAAUGGGACCAGGGAACGACAUUGGCAAGGCAAUGUCAACGAAUCUCUGAAUUGACAUCGACGUUCCACUCGCAAGUGACUGCGAUGGAUGCAAGUGCCUCAGUCUCUGCUCCUCCUCCUCCUCCUCCUCCUCCUCCUCCUCCUCCUCCUCCUCCUCCUCCUGCUGCUGCUGCUGCUCCUGGUGGUGGUGGCGGUGGUGGUGGUGGUGGGAGCAGAACCACAACGACAGCUGUGCUGGGGACAGAAGGCACCCGGCAAGACGCGGGGCAGCCUGUACGGGCAACAAGCAAGCCGGUAUUGCAGCUGAAGAUCGACACAAGGGUGAACGAACACCAUCAUUGCUUCGAGUCGGCAGAGGAUCUGUUCCAACUGCCCAACCCUGCAUUGCUGCCGGCGGAUCAGACGCGCGCACGAGACGCAAGCUGGCUCCUAGCCUCCCCGGGGCACUUCAGAAAUUCCGCUUCUUCUCCAUGGCAGCUACUCAGGCUCUCUCUGUUCUCAGGACAGCCGCCUCCACGCACACCCGGCCCCACUCCUCCUGCACACUUGGGAGAGGGUGGAGGCAGGCCCUUCCACGUCAGCGAUGAAGGACGCCAUUCUUCUUCUUCUUCUUCUUCUUCUUCUUCUUCUUCUUCUUCUUCUUCUUCUUCUUCUUCCUCUUCUUCUUCCUCUGCUUCUGCUGCUGCUGCUGCUACCAAUGCUGCUGCCGCAAAUGCUGCUGUAGCAGUUACUCCACCAGCUGCUGCCGUCAGAUCUCUAUCGUGUGAAGCAGUGGGCAUCCGACGGCUCCUACGUGAGGCCCCGAUGAAGUCAACAGAUUACUUUGACCGACUGAAUGGGCUCCAUUUACGCGCCUUUUCGCUCGCUUCAGACAAAGUCGAAAGGCGUGGAAGUCCGGCGUUGGGGACUGAUGUUGAGGCCUCCAAGCAGGGGGAAAAGGAGAUGGCAGAGCCUGACGCGGCGAUGGUGGCAUGCCCAGCUGCGGCAGUCGAUCACAUGAGGAUCUCGCCAGAGGGUGUAUCGCUUUUGUCGCCGGGUGAGAGCUGCAGGCUAGGCAUGCAUCUGGACAGGCAUGCAGCACAGGUUCCGGCAGACCAAGUUAUGGCCGCCGUGGAAUGGGAGGGGUCCACGGCUGAUGGUGCUGAGGGGAAGGGUGCUGCAAAUGCUCCCCCCUUCAUUCCUCAAGAAUACGAUCACGUAAUGGCCGCUGAAAAUGAAGAAGAGGGCAUUCAUCCUCUGGAGGAAGAUGAUCAUAAGGACGGAGGAGGAGGAGGAGGAGGAGGAGGAGGAGGAGGAGGAGGAGGAGGAGGAGCGCGUGAUGACGGUGAGAGCGUAGAAGCAUCGCCUGGAAAGCAGGAGAAGUGGCAUCAUGCCAAAACGGGGUUAUCAUAUGCCAAUGGAGGGGUCAUGUCCCAGCGGAUUACCCCUGAGAGUCAAACAGAUGCAAAUGAGGAAGGCAGCCAUGAGAAGGGUCACGCCAUCGCUGAUGCUCGAACGAAAAAGGAAGAGCGGUCCGUGGAGAUGGCGGUGAUGGACACGAUAAGGAGGAGACAGGGUCAAGCUACCUCAACAUGCGAAGCCUGCGCUAAACUCACCGUGGAGAAAACAGAGAGCAAGGAGGGAGCUGUCGGAGUUAAGGAGGGUGAAGCUGGAACCCGAGUUGGCGUAAUCUGUUCGUCCAUGGUCUUCCCCUACGAAGAGCGGGACCACCAUGACACCUUGACACCAGGGCAGCGAGGAUCAUGUCUGGACAGAGGUAGGACAACGGACGACAUAGGGAAGAAGUGGGACAACGUCUUCCAGCAGUACAAGAAGGUGCAGCGUUACCAGAACAUGUCCGGCGGGAAGAACUUCUUCACAUUAACUCCUGCAACGAGAGCGGACAAGGGUUUCAACUUCCGAAUGGAUGAGCGAGUCUUCAAUGAGAUCGACAACAUGUCGAAAAAUAACAAGACCAUCUACCCGGACAACUUGGCAGACACGAGCGCACACGGAGGAGUGCCGCCAGCAAUGGAUGGUCACCGCCAGGCGGCCGUUGGUGGAGAGUCCUCUGCUGGUGGAGAGGGGGGUGAUGGCGUUGACGAAGAUGUGGGUUCAGCGCGGGAGACUGGGUUCAGUGCAGGGAGCACGGGGACUCCAGCGAAGAGGAAGAACAUGCGGCAGCAGACCUUCGAUGCCAUCGCCGAAGUCAUGGACAAACACGGUUCAUUGAUGGCGGACACGGUAGAGGGUGCGAGCAAACGGCAGUGUAGCAUCCUGGAGCGGCAGUGUAGCAUCCUGGAGCGGCAGUGUGACAUCCUCGACCGGGAGGUUGAAGCCCAGAAGCGCCAGUGUGACAUACUGGAGAGGCAUUACACGGCGUCCGAUGAGGCGAACAAGAUGAUGUGCACGGCGUUGAUGGAGAUUGCCAGAGCGAUAAGGGAUAGAUCUUGACGCCGGUGGCGUGAGGUUUGUCAAGCCGUUGAAGUGGAUUCGCCCGCGAUCUGGCCUGUCGCGAAAUGUGGUGCCGGUCCUCCAAACGA